CUGCUACGCCCAACAGGGUGAUUCACAAUCACUCGGAAAAAUCCGUCAAAAAAAGCCCUGGUUAGCAGUAAGGGAAACUGGUUCCUUGUGCAAUUCUGGAGGCAUAGACCAUUCCGAUCUGCGCAAACCCUGCUAAUGCUCAGCCACCCGGGGAGCGGUGCUCUGCAGAGACAACCAUUUUGCUCAGGGCCUCUCUUCUGUUCGUCUGCCUCAUUGAUCUCCGUUCAUGUACUUGUUUCUUCCCCAGUGCAAGCAGGGAAGAGGUGGAGGUGGCUGAACACGUCCUAUCAAAUGUCAGCCCUGCACACUUUCCAAAGCUUCGAUUGAGCACAGAAUAUUUUGCGGCACCCAAGAAGGGAAGGAACAUUGUUAAGGCGAGUGGAUUCGCUCAGGAUGAAGUUCUAUUAAGAUCCACAGGACUGACUUCCAGAUCAGCAUAGUCAUGGCCCUGGUAGAAUUCCAAUAUAUUUGGGACAGGAAAUGGAAUAAGGGAAGAAAUGAGGGAAGGAAUUUGUUCCUGGAAUUGGACAGAAAGUUUGGUGCUUGGGAACUCCCAUGUGUUUUGUCUCCAUUUGGAAUAGGCAGCAUAUUUGGCUUACUGUCAGAAUUCAAUGUGUCAUCAGAAAGCCCAUAUCCAAAGUCCUUGUGCAAUAUCAUAGUCACAUGUGCCUGAAAGAACCUGAGUAGAAUGGAAAAGAAAGUCUUUGCUUUGGCAGAAAGGAGAGAAUAAGUUGCCAGAUCUCAGAGCAAUUAGCUCUACAAAAGAAAAGCAAAACACAACCAAGUCUCCAAAGCAACCACAAGCACAAGUGGAAACAUUCUUGCAGAGAAUAAAAUGUUGAUGACUCUUUGUUGAAAUCUUCCUGCCUUUCCCUUUUGUUGAGGGACGCUACUAAAAAGUAUCACAGGAAGCUGGUAAGAUCAGCAGAAAUGUUUCUACAGAAGAAAGAAACUGAACUGAAAUCUACCAUUUCAUUAUAGAGUUGAAAUGAACAUUUAAAAGGUCAUUGAUUCAGUUUUCACCGCUAUAUAUUUUGACACAGAAGUUUAUCUCCAGUCUGACACCAAGGCCCAGCAUGUCGCCUUGACUCACCUGUUGAAGAGGAUGUGGAGGGCCUGGAGCUAGCAUUGCACUUCCUGAACACCUGUCUCAGCACAUACCCUCAUGCUCACUUUCUAAAAAUUAAUGCAUUUCCUUACUGGCAGCUGGGAGUGUUGUGAAAUAGCAAUUUCCUGAGAAAUCAUUUUCUGUUGAUAACAUAAAUUGUGUUCUGCUUGUUUAUGGUGCAAUCUUAUGGCCAUAGACACUGUCUGGUCAGCCAUAGGAAAUGCUGAAGGCCUGCAGUGACUUUGCAAAAGCUCUACGGGGUCACCGGAGAGUUGACAGUUUUUCUUAUGCAUUUAGGUUUCUAAGAAUUCAUGUUAUUUCCACCCCAAAUUCUCCCUCGUCUGCACUGGAGCGAUUUGUUAGCUAUCCUCUUACCGAAUUGCUGAACGUUUAGAAGCCUCUUAGAAGGAAACAGCUGGACAUCGUUAUUCAGCACUAACACAUUCGCAUGUAUAUCGAGUCAACGGACAAACACGUAAAAGCUUGGGCUUGGAAGGACAUUUCUGUCAUUUUCAGGUUCUCCCAUUUUGAUUUGAAAUCAUCAAGUCCUUUCCAUCCUGAAUGGGAAGGAAUCUGCAAAUUUUGGGGAAACUGAGGCACACCCACAUCUGCUCUGUGCCCAUGCCAUGGGGCUCUGUCGGAUGUACUUCCUUGUUCUCUGUUGUCCUCCAACUUUCCCUUGCUGAUAACAGUUAAGAGUGACUUCAGCACCUCUGACAUUUGGCCUUUGCCACGUUGUUGGUUGCUUUUUUCCCAUUAUUUGCAGAAAGGGGAAGGAUUUUUUGAUAGUGGGGUGUCCAAAUAAACCCCAUGGCACCAAAGCCUUUAUAAAGAGGGAACAGGAUGGGAGAAACCAGAAGGCAAAUUUCAUCAGAAGGUCCGAUUCCACAGAGUUGUCCUCUAAAGCAUCUUUGAGGUACACAGGACCAUUUGGUAAGCCUCUCAUCUUCUUUCCAACACAUCUCCAGUCUAAAUUUCUUGUUUACCUACCCUCAUAUGUAAUUCUUGCGGGUAUGUCAGUAUGCACAAUUUCUGGCAAUUUUACUUUGUAUAGAUACGAGUAUAUUGUAAAUUGCUAAUCAAGUUUCAUUUAUGGAAAGAGGUUUAACAAUCAGUUCAGCUAUGUGCAGGCCUUUAUUUAUUAAUUAUAUUUAUAUCCCCAAUUUUAUCCAAAAAGACUCCCAGGGGGCUUAGGGAGACGAUGCAUCUUCUAAAUUAAGAUCCUCAAGUCUUGCCAUCAGGUCGAGUUCCGAGUUGUUAAAUAUCCUUUCUGUGUUUCCUUUUCUGUGGAACUCUGGGACUUACCUUAGCAAUAAAUAUUUGGUGAUCUAGACUGAAAACCCAAAGGCAUGACUCUCAUGUUCCUUCAGGCUUACAAUCUAAAUAUGGAAUAAAGGAUCAAUGAAUUAUAUAAAAGGAUUUAUAUAAUUAAAUAUUGUUCCAAAAGUAGAUGUUAACAUCCCUUUCUUCUCCAGCUCACAGGUCAGGGGAUUCAAAUAGCAGGUGGAGGACUUGAUCUGAGAAUAUGUGUCUGAUGGCACGAACACUGUCAAAUUUAGUAAUUUAACAGCAAAUUGCUAUUUGCUGUUUCUUUAAAAAAUAGCUUUCUUACCUGCUGAUUCCAACACUGAAAAUAAGGAAAUUAUUAGAUCGGGAAUACUCUGAGGGGAGGCAGAAUCGCCAAAUAUUUACUCAUAAAGUAAGUUCUAACUCACAGCAAAGUCACUAACAACUCCAAACUAGACUUGAUGCAAAGUUGUAUGUAUCUUGGCAAAGAAAAAGAAGUCCUGGGCACUUAUAAGGCUUGUCCCAGGCACCCAUUAAACAUUCCAACCUCACAUUUCUAUUUAGUUCACUUAACAGCUGGAUUCCCACAGUCUGUGGGAAAACCAUAUUUCUCAGCUUGAACUGGGCUGAAAAUGACCAAUUGCCCUGUUUAAAGGAAAUGCAUUCUGAGCCAAUCUGUUGUGAAACAGAAGUGUCCAUGAAAAUAAAAUAACUAAUUUUCCUCCUUGAAUGUCACUGACAUUACAGACAGUCUUUGCUUCCUCUGUGCUAGUUUCCUGCCGAAAUGCAUUCUCUCCUGGGACUCUUUCUCUUCUCCGUGCUUCUAAAGACAGGCACGUCUCUGGAAUGCGAAGUCUGCAGUGGCUUUGGCAGCAGCUGCACCGGCGUGACGCAGACGUGCGCUGCCGGCCAAGACACGUGUGCCACCAUAUUGUCUGAAAACUCACUAACUGGUGAAAAGAUGAUCACCUCGGUGAAGGCCUGCGAAUACUCCGCUGCGUGCCACGUACCCCCAACACACAUGACUCUCGGGCAGGGGAAAUCCGUACGCUCCAGCGUCACCUGCUGCACAGGUGACGCCUGCGGAACAGCUGCUCCACAGUUUCCACCCGCAAUGGACAAGCCCAAUGGGAAGCGCUGCCCAGCCUGCUACGCUUUCUCCUUUUUUCCGGCGUCCCCCGUGGAAUGUGGAACGGAGACGGUGGCUUGUGUCGGAGUGGAAGACUACUGCCUUGAUAUGGUGGAAGCAGUAACAUACGGUAACUAUGUUAUGCACAUCAUCAUGAAGGGCUGUGUAACCAAAGACGUAUGUGACGCAAAAGGCUUCAAAUCAACUUCUGAAGGAACUGAUAUCCAUAUCACAAAACUCAAGUGUAGCCAGGCUUCCUAGGUGGCCGGGAUGCCCUGACUCUCCACUGCCUUCUAUUGGAGGGUCUUGUGUCACCCCCAGGAUUGGGCUGUGAGGAGAAACGCGUCUCUGUUAGAGAGCGUCUGUUGAAGUGACAUCACCAAACGCAUCCCGCUGGUGGUGGAAUGGUUUUCA